GGUUGGCGUUAGUGUUUUAACACUUGAUUCGUCCUCCCCCCCGGUGACUUUGGUCAGCUCAGAUUCUCCUUGCAUUUAAUCACCAUUCUCAAGUUUUAUUUGUGUUUAUUCUUCCAGGAUCACUGCCAUGGUACUGAAGGUCUUCUUUCCGUCGUGCUGCUCUUUGGCAGAAAGUGGGAUUUUGAUCGGCCGCUGGAUCUCCGAACAGAACUCGGCUGUUGUCCUCGCCGUGGUCCAUUUCCCUUUUAUUCCUGUCCAGGUGAAGCAGUAUCUCAGUGAAGUCCAGCGGGUGACUAAAGUCAGUGUUUCCGUGCUCGGCUCGUGGAGCAACAGCAAACAGGAGAAAGAAGAGAGUCUGAGUGAGUUCUUGGAAGACCUUGGGACAAUAUUCUCCCAUGAGCCGUGGAUUCAGAUAAGCAAAGAAGGAGACAGCAAAUUCUGGAGCUGUUCUACCCUUCAGAAACGCUCUAACAACCCUAAGGAGGAAGAAAUUAUCUUGGUGUACUAUGACCAGCGCAAAGUCAUGCUUUCCCACCUGCAUCCCCCUUUGGACACUGCGACCUCUGCUGACCACCGGGCAGAUGAUGCUUCAAAGCUCUCUGCCAUCUUCGACACCGUUGCGAAGAGUAAGAUGCUGUUCAUGACGGACAGAUACGAUGAUGGGCCCAUCAAGCUGACCCACUGGCAGUCGGAUGGCGUUGAAGCUAGUAUCAUCGUGGAGCUGAUGAAGCAGGCCUCUAUUUCUGGGAUCUGCAGGAGCAGGGUGCUGAAGUUUUGGCCUUUGUCUUUCUUAUGGAGCAAACUCUCAACUUGUGAGCAGCUGGGACAUCGCCUGCAGCACCUCCAGGUCAUCAGCAGUGGCAAGAAGGCUCAAACCCAGGCUCAAGUAAUGAGGAAAGCCAACAUCUUUGUCUCUCUGCUGGUUGAUGUGACUCUGGGGAUAUUGCUGAUGUCCUGGCUCUACAAAAAGAACCGCAUUGGUCACCUCGCCGACACUCUCAUCCCCAUGGCUGAUCACGUAGCUGAAGAGCUCCAGGACCUGCUCCAGUGGCUCAUGGGAGCGCCAGCUGGACUGAAAAUGAACCGAGCUUUGGAUCAGGUUUUGGGACGCUUCUUCCUUUACCACAUCCAUCUUUGGAUUAGCUACAUUCAUCUGAUGUCCCCGUUCAUCGAGAUGAUCCUCUGGUACGUCGGUCUGUCAGCUUGUCUGGGCCUGACCGUGGCGCUCUGCAUCCUCUCCGACAUCAUUGCGCUUCUGACUUUCCACAUCUACUGCUUCUAUGUCUACGGAGCCAGGCUCUACUGCCUGAAGAUUUACGGCCUGUCGUCUCUCUGGCGCUUGUUCCGUGGGAAGAAGUGGAACGUCCUCCGGCAGCGGGUGGAUUCCUGCUCCUAUGACUUGGACCAGUUAUUUAUUGGCACUUUGCUGUUUACAAUCCUGCUGUUCCUCCUGCCUACCACUGCGCUGUAUUAUUUGGUGUUUACCCUGCUUCGUUUGCUGGUGGUGAUUGUGCAAGGCCUGAUACACUUGCUAGUUGACCUGAUUGACUCUCUGCCUCUUUAUUCAAUCGUCCUUCGGCUCUGCAGAUCCUACAGACUCGCGGCUGGUGUGAAGUUCCGAGUCCUUGAGCGGCGGGAUGGAAAACCUCUUCGCCUCCUGAUGCAGAUCAACCCUCUGUCAUAUGGCAGCGUGGUCCAGACGUACAGGCUGCCAACCUACAGCUGUUACCCUAGGGAUUCCUGGACGUCUCUCUGCAAGAAGCUGUUCCUUGGAGAGCUAAUCUACCCUUGGAAACACAAAGGAGAGAAGCAGGACUGAAAGCAGCAAAAGAGCUUGAAAGACUUGGUCAGAAAAACACACUGAAUCCUAAGGCUUUGGGACCAAAGGCAUCUCAGAGCCAGCAACCACUGGAUCCCUUUAAUGAGAUUUUGGUAACGUGGGCAGGGCUGAAUUUUUAAAGGCAAGUAUUUUUAAACAUUAUUUUUCACCUUCCCUCUUGCCCUGCGCUGUGUAAUAUGCUAAUGAUUAUUUUUGAAGCGAAAGGUUAAACCCACCAGUGCCUCGCGGAAGCAGCAUUUAGCGUCAUCGAGGGAGCAGCUCCCGAAAGGUUUGAUGCUGUGUGUGUCCUUCCAGGGAAGCUGUAUUGGAACAGCCCUUCGGCUGGUUCGGAGCCACAAUGCUGAGGUGCGUUCUGCCAAAGGGCAUUUUGGACCUUUUAGGCUUCAGCCUUCAAGCCAGUUGGUCAAAGCCAAGGUGCAGGAUCAGCUUGCAGAGUCAUACACUGAAAACUGUACAGCGGUGUUCCCUGGGCUCAUAGGAUAUUUAUUCUGUUCCUUUUGGGUGGGCUUGGACUCGACCCCACGGCAGCACCAGAGGAGGUGUUAAGCAUGGAAGCAGCAGGGCUGGAGGCCCAGAAACGCAGAUCGCUGUAUGUUUGUGCCUAUGUGGUCUCAUCCACUUUUUUUUUCAAAAGCAAAUGGUGUUUUGGGGAGAGCGGAGCCCUGAGCUGACACCAGCACUGAAGCGCAGAGCACUCAGACCCCAGACUGCGCGGGUUUACGUGGCCGCGAGCCGUAGCAGCCGAGAGCUCUGGGCUCUGCCAAGGCUUGGGGCUUCUUUGAUUAGUGGCGAUGUAAGGCAAACGCAGCUUUGUGGAGUCCAGCCCCGGCGGGCGCGUUUGCCGGAGGACUGCAGCAGCCCGGCUCCCUGCGCAGCUCGAGCAGCGUGUGCUGCGCCCCCUCACAGCGUCCGUACGUCCCCCCGUUUCUCAGGGCCCGGGUGAGAGCCUCCUCCUGUGGUGCCUCAUCUCUUGCACUUUCUGAUAGUCAAGGAGCUUUUCACGUUAUCUCAGAUAGGAGGCAUUUAAAGCCACUUCUUUCCCUGAAACCGUAGACACGCUUCUCUUCGGAGAGUUCUCCUGCUUUGAACACUACCUCCACUGCGCAGCAGCGCUCGGUUUUUCGCUGUCCCAGUCUGGCUGUGCACUCAUUUUGAUGCGAGUCUUCUAUUCCGUGUCUCGGGGAGAGUGCCUCCGCGCCCAAGAGUCCUUUGGGUACUUUGUUGUUGUGUUUGCAUACGAUCGUUGCCCCAAAGUACGCUUUCGCCAGGGCUGCUAGCUCCUCUUGCCCCAGCUGAAACAGCGGUGCGGUGUCACCGACCCCUGCUGCCGCUUCGCACGCCCACGGGGACGGCGUUAGCUGGCCGGUGAGAGGUGUGCUGGAUCCUGCCCCGGUUCGAGGAACCACGGAUGGAGGAGGAAGAGGAAGAGCCCUCUGGAAGGGCUGCCUGAAUAUUCCAGCGGGAGUAGGUGGAGGCAAGGCAAGGAGCCACAGCAAGGAGCCACGGCAAGGUGCCCUGGGCUUUGGUAGCCUUCCAGCAGCACCUCCACUGGGAGGGGAGGAGUUUCCUCCCCCAGCCCCAUGUCUCAUCCAUGUGCUUGGAGCCAUCACAGAGAGAACAUAGGCUGCUUUGAGGCAUCCCUCACCAUAUAUAUUUGGGUUGUCUGUAGCUGCUAAAAGCCUCUGGUGAUGCAGCCACUGCCCCUUCAGUCAUGGCUUGAUCAGGAGAAAAUGAAGCUCGGUGCUUGGUCCAGACAUUCCUUAGCAGGCAGACACGGGAGCUGCCAAGUUCUUCCAGUUUUCUUACAGACACCGUGAAGACAGGCAGUAUUACAUGGGCACUGCUACCCAGAGAGGAUGUCCUGUUACCUUCAUCCAGGGAAGAAGGGAACAUCUUUGAAGAAAGCCAGCAUGGCAAAAGGCCCCCCACACCGUCUGCCACCGCAGGCUCCGGGUGGGACGUCCCUGGCUGCAGAAACCAGAGAGGUUCUUGUUCUUCUUUGGUGAUCGGUGCUUAAAAUUCUGGUACUCGUACUUCAAACUCAUGUGUUCUCUUGGAAUAUCAGUGCCCCAGGAUUUCUCUCCACUCCAGGUGUGAGUAACUCCAGGUUGCGAUCCAUUUAGUAGUUGAGUGGUCGGAAUAAUGUUUCUCACUUCAGCUGAAGGCAGAGUCACGGACGCCUAUCCUUCCCUGGCACUCAGCAGAGCACAUUUACACUUUGCCUCCCUCUCGUGCUUCCACUGGAGCUACUGAAUGAUGUUCCCCCUGCUUCCUCCCCUGCCUGCAGAGGUUGGGUUACUGACUGCUGUGAAAAACUUGAUUAUUUCUGGUCUUGUGAAAAUCAUGUUCCUAAUAUCCUGGCUUUUAAAAUCUUCCUGUGAGACCAAAAGGCUCAUGAGGGUCCUAAUCGUGGCUGUCCUUUGGGAUCCAAGUGA